AUGCAAACAACACUGGUUCAUGCAAAAAUGUGCCGCAAGGCAGUGACCAACACACUGCACACACUUUUAAAAUCGGUCGCCCAUGCACUUCCUUGUUCAGUGCAAGCUUGUUUAGGUCAUCAAUCAUGGCAUCCUGUUUUCUUUCCUUCUGCACAGUUUUAUGAAACGCUUGUCCCUGCCCCACAAGGAGAGGGGAUGGAUGCUGCUCGGACAGAGGACUUCAGCAGUGCUCUUGCAGCUGAGCUGAAAUCUUUGAAGUCUGGAGAGAAACAGCAGUUUCAAGUCUGGAACACUGGAAUACCUGGCAGUGUGUAUAUAAAAUUCGACAGUGACUAUGGUAAGCCUGGGCAUGAUCAAUUGCGGCUCAUUUAUUGUUGA